CUUGCAAAUGAUAAAGUCAGUUAUUGGUAAUAAGGAGAACUAAUUUCAUCGUAUACACUAGUAAAGGGCGGCGAGAAAAAUUGUAAAGAAUUGAAAAUAUUUCAGAUAAACAAAGUUGGGAAGUCAACACUUAAUUAAUCACCGAUAAGAAAGCGAGUGGAAAAUAUAGCUUAAUAAAAUUUAGAAGCACUGAGUUCCUAUCAAACUUUAUUUGAUAAUUAAUAAAGAAUUGAUUUGUGUAAGAAUUUUGAUUAUGAAAGUAAAGCAACAUAAUAGUAAAAUCAAUUUUACUCAAUAAGAGAUUGUGGGUUGGGAUGAAGAGAAUUAAACUUGCGAGAAACCACAGAAGUUAACAACAGAUCAGAGUGUUUAGACAAGUAUUAGUUAAGAAAAAGCAAGAAAAUCCUUCUCACAAUAAACUUAGAGAAUUAAGACAAUUCCAAGGAUGAUAGAGGUGAGGCAAAAAACAUCAAAAACACCUCUCAGAACCACCAAGAUCACAAGUCCUAUGAUUGAGUAUCCAACGAUGCAGAAGUUCAAAUUGUUCUUCGAUAAGAAUGUUUAUAAAUAGGGAAUUCCUUAAUUGAUUAUAUGCGAUAGAUCUUUGAAUACAAUAGAUGGAUUGAAUUGUAUUAGUUUCAAUAAUUUUACAUCGAAACACAUGAAUCACAGAAGAAAUCAGAGUUUGUGUGUUGGAAAUAAAAUCAAUAGAAUGGAAAUCAUUAAAGAUGUUACUCACAAUCAAUGAGUUGUGAUUAUAGAUACU